AUGAAAGAGUCCUGGAUAUAUCGACAUGGAGCCAAUUUAGAGCAUGGGGGAGUACGCUACUGGCUUUGCAGGCUCUGCCACGAAAAAAGGAGUUAUUCGACGGCUUUGUACGCCUCCUCUGGGACAGCUCAUGCCGCGAGACACCUAGUCCGUCAGCACCAGAUCGUUGAAUUUGGUGACAGGAGUCCAUGCUUGGCGACUCCGUUCACCAUAGCGGCCAAAUCCGCGUCCUCUUCUGUACGCCCUUUGCCGCGACAGACUAGUCUAGGCUUUCAGCUCGCCUCCCACUUUGACGAAAGGUCAUGGAAAUCUCGUUUCGUGGACUGGGUCAUCCUCGAGGAUGUCACCUUCCGACAAGCAUCAAGCGAGCGGCUACGGUGGUUGAUUACGAACGGCGGGGAGGUUGCGAGUCAGCUACUUCCCGAGCAUCACACAACAGUUUGUUCGUGGAUCCGUCAAGCCUUCGAAUCUCGGCGGCAGAUUAUCUUUAAUCUCGUCAAGGACGCAAAGAGUUGCGUCCACCUUAGCUUUGAUCUCUGGACUGCUUCCAACGGGUUCCACUACAUUGGCGUUCUUGGCCACUUUGUGGAUAGCCAGGGCAAAGAACGUGAUGUCCUUCUUGGACUGCCGCGCCUAGUUGGGCCACACUCUGGUGAGAAUAUGGCCUCGUAUAUCAAGGAGGUAAUCGAGAAAUACGAAAUAGGUUCCAAACUCGGAUAUUUCAUGCUUGAUAAUGCCGAAAGUAACGACACUUGCCUAGAGACGCUUGCGAGGUGGUUCCCAAUGGACACGAGCCGGCGUCGACUGCGUUGCGUAGGCCACAUUAUCAAUCUGGUUGUCCGCGCUGUCAUCUUUGGGUCAAACGUCAGUAAGUUCGAGGCGGAGCUUCGUGGGGCUACGGACGAAUUUAGUUUCGAGAUUUGGGCCAGGAAGGGGGCUAUCGGCAGACUCCACAACCUUUCCACCUAUAUCCGACGGACGGACCAGCGACGACAGGUGCUUCGGCGUUUACAGACCGAGCUCGCCGGGGACGACGCAAUAUUUACAUUGGAGAUUGUUGUUGAUGGCAAGACACGCUGGAACUCCAUUUACGAUAUGAUCAAUCGUGGUAUUGCCAUAGAGCUCUAUCAAUCUCGCUGGCAAAAGCCCAAACAUGAUCCCGUCCACCGUGACUUAACUAAGGAUUUUCUCAACGCUGCGGAUUGGGCUGAACUAGAGCGCUUCCGUGACUUCCUAAAGCCGUUUUACAUCCUUACCAAGACGAUGGAGGGUAACGCCAACAAUCCAGAGGCAGAGGGCGGGCAUGGUGCGGUGUGGGAGACCCUUAAGACAAUGGACUAUUUGUUCGUCAAAUUUAAACAGGCCGCGGAGGAAACUCAGUUCGAGGAGCCGUCCCAUGUUAAGUCGGGAAUUGAUUGCGGAUGGACGAAGCUUGAAGACUAUUACCUCAAAACGGACCGUACGCCAGUCUACCGAGCGGCAUUAGCGCUUCACCCAUCUUAUGGGUAUGACUACUUUGAGAGAGGCACUGGAAAAUUGUGA